GGCGAGACUAAUUAGGCAGGUGGGUUAUUUUACCGCUAAAGAAACGCCUAAACUCCUCGUCAACAACCCUACAGUGCUCGAUUACAUUUUCAGCAACACCCUUCUUACCAAUUUUCACUCCCCCACACAAUAUCUUUUCAAAUUCUUCGCAAUGGGAGAUGCAACGACACCACCACCUGAGUCAAUUGACUCGGAGAAGGAAAUUCUGCCUCAGAAUAUCAAGCCAAUUCAUUACGAUCUUCGCUUUGAGCCCCACCUUGAAGAAGCUACCGAAUACGAUGGAUCAGCUGUCAUUGACUUGGAAGUAUUGGAGGAUACAUCUUCAAUUACUCUCAAUGCUUUGUACCUGAACGUCAUCACACUGGAAGUUGUCGACAAGAAUGGGGUAAGAAUUGCGACAAGUCCAGUUCAAUUCGAUACCGCAAAACAACGGAUGAUAAUAGAGCUUGGUGAGACCGUCAAAGCGGGUUCGAAGUUAUAUGUCAAGACUGUAUUCAAGGGCUCCAUGCUUCAUCAAGCCCGUGGCUUUCACCGAGCUCCAAUCCAAGGUCCCAAUGGGAAAACUACAUGGAUGGGAGCAACACACAUGGAGCCAGUAGACGCACGGAAGACCUUUCCAUGCUUUGACGAGCCUGCUCUCAAAGCAACAUUUACGGUUACUAUUGUUGCGGACAAGCAUAUGACAUGUCUCGGCAAUAUGGACGUCGCAUCAGAGGUCGAAGUACUGUCUAACGGCAAAGCAAAGAAAGCAGUGACAUUCAACAAGACGCCUCCAAUGUCAACUUACAUCGUAGCAUUUGCCGUGGGUGAUUUGCAGAUGAUAGAGACGGACAACUUUCAUGUUCCAGUCCGAGUUUACGCUGCUUCUGAUAAGAAUAUACAGCACGGAAAAUAUGCUCUCGAUAUUGCUUCGCGAGCAUUGAGUGCGUUUGAAAAGAUCUUUGAUAUAGAAUUUCCGCUCCCAAAGAUGGAUUUGAUUGCCGUACCUGGUGGUCAAGGAGCGAUGGAAAAUUGGGGAUUGAUCACUUUUGGAGAGAGCUUGCUUCUCGUAGAUGAGAAGGAGACAAGUGCUGAAGCAUAUCGUCGUGCUGGCUCAGUCAUUGUCCACGAACUCGCCCAUCAAUGGUUUGGAAAUAUCGUCACAAUGGAUUUUUGGGAAGGACUAUGGCUGAAUGAAAGUUUUGCUGACUGGGCGGAACUUUACGCUUGGGAAACAUUAGAGCCGUCUUGGCAGAUGUGGCAAGAUUAUGCUAUCAGUGGUUUGCAAGCUGGUCUGGCUUUGGAUUCCAACAAGGCAAGUCAUCCUAUCGAAGUACCAGUCUCCAAGGCGAGCGCAAUCAACCAAAUCUUUGACGACAUUUCUUACAAUAAAGGCUGUGCAGUCAUUCGGAUGAUUGCGAGUUACCUAGGAACGGAGAAGUUCAUCAAAGGUGUUCGGGCAUACCUCAAGAAACAUGCUUAUGGAAACACCAAGACCAUCGACCUAUGGGAUGCAUUGAGUCAUGCAAGUGGUGAAGAUGUUGGGAGUUUGAUGGAGACUUGGACGAAAUUCAUUGGUUACCCUUUUGUCAAAGUCACAGAAGACGAGGACAAGAUCACAGUUACCCAACACCGCUUCCUGCAAGACGGUUCUUGCAGCCCAGAAGACGACAAAACACUUUACCCAUUGUCACUCAAGCUACGAUCCAAGGGUGGCAUCGAUGAUGGCCUAAGCUUAUACGAACGGACAAGAACUAUUGAUAUCUCACCCGAUUUCAUCAAACUCAAUGCGAAUCACACCGGCUUUUUCAGAGUUUGCUACACACCAGAACGACUAGAAAUUCUCGGCAAGAACGUCAAGGAAGGCUUACUAUCAGCUGAUGAUAGAAUUGGACUUCUUUCUGAUGCCUUGGCUAUGGCUUCCAGUGGAUACUCCAAGACCUCAACACUUCUCAACUUCCUCAAAAUCUUCGACGAAGAAGAAAACUACUUCGUAUGGAAACAAGCACUCAAGACUCUAGACGCAAUCCAGGAAGCAUGGAGAUUCGAAGAAAAGUCUGUCUCAGAAGGUCUAAAAUCUUUCAAACGUGAUCUAAUCAGAAAGUGUGCUAAGAGCAAUGGCUGGGACUUCAAGAAAGGAGACGACAUAGUGGAAACAAUGCUCAAAGCAACCAUGUUCGCUCAAUCUGGCUCCGAGUUGGAGGUCCAGAAAGUUGCUAAGAGCAUGUUUGAUGCGUUCUUGGCUGGUGAUGAUGAAGCUAUCAAUAUCAACAUUCGAGCUGCUGUGUUCGCAAUUGCUCUCGGGCACGGUGGAGUAGCGGAGUACGACGCUAUCCUCGAAGCCCUAAAAAGCUCCAGCAGCGUCUUCAAACGAGAUACCUGCAUCAAAGCCCUCGGUGCAUCAGAAGACCCCGCACUCAUCCAACGCACCCUCAACUUAUCACUCAGCGACGAAAUGAUAGCUCAUAACGAUACCCGCAACAUCAUCAGAUCCCUCACAAAACAUAAACCUGGGAUCGAAGCUCUCUGGGCCUGGAUGAAGGGCGAUUAUGGCAAGAUUGAGAAAGGGCUCGGCCAUGGUUUGGGCACGUUUGCGAGGUUGGUGCAAAUUGUUACUGCCAGUUUGGCGACCAGGGAGCAGUAUGAGGAUGUUAAAGGGUUUUUUGAGGAUAAGAAUACUGAGUCCUAUGAUAAAUAUCUAGCGCAGUGUCUGAAUGGGAUACUGGCAAAGGCCACAUGGGUCGAACGGGAUGGAGAGGAUAUGAAGGGCUGGUUGAAGAAAAAUAAUUAUGCUUGAUUGUCUUUGAACAUUCAGAUAUCUUAGUACAUAUAAUCAUUGAUGUGGGAUUUUCUAGUCUAUGAAUACAGAUGAGAAUCAUGAAUAUAGAGAAUCUGAAUCAC